GACCGGAAGUUGUAAGUAGCAGCUUCCUGCCCACGUGACCCUCCCUGUACAUGUGCCGCAUGCGGGGCUGAAGCGGUGUGUUUAUAUUUCACAUUUCAGAACAGAUCCUUAUGAUUAUUAAGAGUGACAUGAUGAAGACGACAGAAGAGCACGAGGAGGUCGACCUGGAGGAAGAGGAGGAGGAAGAGGAGGAAGAGGGGAGUGAAAUGUCGGACGGAGAGCUCCAGGAAGCUUUUGCCAAGGGUCUGCUUAAACCUGGCAUGAAUGUAAUGGCCAAUAAACCUAAAACGUUUGCAAACAAUGUGGACGGUCUGAAGCGUUGCCUCGCAGACUUCCGUAAAGACCUGCCCUGGGUGGAACGGUUAGACCUCACAAACUUACCUGCUGAAGAUGUUCUGGCCAAAGCUGAAGGGAGAGAGACAAAAACCACAAACGGAGAGAUUAAUGCAGAUGACGACUUUGAAAGGGAGAUGUUUUUUUAUCGUCAGGCUCAAGCCACAGUUUUACAGGCGCUGCCUCUUCUAAACAAACAUGGCAUCGCCACAAAGAGGCCCGACGACUAUUUCGCAGAGAUGGCAAAGUCUGACCAACAGAUGCAGAAGAUUCGGAAAAAGCUCAUUGCCAAACAGAGCAUAAUCGAACGGUCAGAAAAGGCGAAGCAGCUCCGUGAGCAACGGAAGUUUGGCAAAAAGGUUCAAAUAGAAGUGAUGCAGAAAAGACAGAAGGAGAAGAAGGCCAUGAUGACAGCUGUGAAGAAAUAUCAGAAAGGAAUGACAGACAAAUUGGAAUUUUUGGAAGGAGACCAGAAAUCAGGAAAAGAAUCUUCUCAAGGCUCAAAGAAAGCAAUGAACAAAAAGGGGCCCAACGCGAAGAGGAAAUUCAAAGACCAGAAGUUUGGUUUUGGGGGAAAAAAGAGCGGAACGAAGUGGAACACGAAAGAGAGCUACAACGACAUGUCCAGUUUCCGAGCUAAAGUGGCACACGGGAAAGGUCCCAGAGGAGGGAAGAAAGGAAAAGGAGGCAAACAGAAUAAACGUCCUGGCAAAUCUGUGCGAAGAAAAAUGAAGAAUCGAUCAUGAGAGCUGGUGCACACUGGGCUCUAGGCUAAACAUGGACUUAAAGCAGGAUUUUAUACGUGUUUCGUUUAUAUGUGCUUUGAGGGUUGAAGUCGAGUGAGGACACUUAAAUGUUUUUAUAUGGAACCCAAACUUGAGGAACCAGUGAACCAGGACGACCCCCAGAACUCGCCCAAGUGGAGCAAAGUAUUUCAGACAUGAGACGGAAAUGAGUGCAAAUGUCCACAUCCAUAAUUUCUGUUUAUUUUUCUGCAAUAUAAACGGUCAAGUAAACAUUUUAAAAAUCCAAAAUCUUCACUAGUCAGUAUAAAUAUACAGAGUGUCUAUAAAGUCUCUUAUUUAUUAUAAAGGCAGUUGAUCAGAUAUCUUAAUCAGACUUGUUCUGUUGUACUCAGUGGUUUCCAAAGUGUUUGACCUCAUUUAAUUCACCUCUAUAUGGGCUCCAUUAGUGGCAUGAAGCACAUCAAGACUGGGCUUGGUUUCUUGCCGUGUUUGCUGUAGCAGAGCCUCAUCAAUGGUUCAGUCACAUCUGUAUCUUUUACUUUAGUUCAGUAAUAUCCCGUAUGUUUGUUCCAUACACAAUAUCUUUAACACAGCCUCACAGAACCCAUGAUACACACUGCGCCUUCUCUUUAGGAAGAGACAUUUCUUAGAGGUUCAUUCAAAAAGAUGCCUCUUUAAUCAACAGGGUGCCUGACAUACAGAAAUGCGACGUGAUUAAAAACGUUUAACCACUGAGUACUAUAGAACAAGUCUAAUGAAUGUAUCUUAUCAGCUGACUUUGUAAUUCCAUUUUAAAAUUGUAAACAGACUCUAUGGACACUGCGCUAUGACUAGGGAUGGGACUGUAAUUAUUGUCUAUCAUGAUAAAAAGUGUCGAAAGAAAUCGUUCAGGGGACAUUUGAUGGAAUCGUGAGAAUCACCAACAGAGAGAAUCGUCGGUAUCUCCAAAAUGUGCAGAAAAAAAUACUUCUAUCUCGUCAAACAAUUAUCAAGAUGUGAAAUCGAGAUGUGAGACGGACAUGAGUACAAAUGUCCACUUCCAUAUCCAUUAUUUCUUUUGCUGUAGUGUAAACAGUGAAGUACACGAUGUAAAAAUCCAAAAUCUUCUGUAGUUAGUCUGCUAUUAAAAGUACAAAGUGACUACCAUUGGUUUUGCUUUGACUCAAGUUCCUGGUUCUUAAUUCCGUUCAGUUUUUGUUGUCACUAUUCCAAUUUGCAAAUACUUCUACAAACUUUGUUCUUUUGUCAUGAUGAACUAUUGUAAUAAAAAAAAUACUGCAGGUUUUG